GACGCUGCGUCAUGCCCGCAGGUGGACAGGGAGACAGGCUUGAUCCAUAGAUUUCUUGUUCAGGGACUGCAUAAAGGAGCUCCAUUUCAUCCGGAGCUACAGCCGUUGGUAUUAUUCUUUUGUGUAUAUACAUAUGAGCAUGGCGGGGUCCUAUCCAGUCUAUAUGAUGUUACAUACUCUUCUUAGAGGCUCGUAAACAGUUGUGUAUAGUUAGAUGUCUUUUAGCAUUGUCAGCUUAUAAUUUGUAUAUCGUUUUGUUAGCCUCGUCGGCUUAUGUAUAUGGAUAUGGGCAUAGUUGUUGAUGAUGAUAUAAAUGUGUCGUUGCUCAAUGAGAUUAGUAUUAUUGAUGUAUAGAAAUCAUGCGUAAGCCAUGUGGCUCACCUAGAUGUAAAUGUGAAUGUACGAUAAGAGGUGCCCGGGUGGGUUAGCAGCGGGUGCCCGUCAUGCCCCUCCGGUUGGGUCAUGACACCUAAUCACCUCCCUCAGUUUUUUUUUUUUUUGGCUUACCUCUACCUUUCCUAAUUCUUGCUACAACCAACAUCUAGCGCAUCCUCGCAUCAACUUUUCACAUGCCCGAACCACCUUAAUUUCGCUUUCCGCAUCUUGUCUGCCAUUGAUGUCACUCCCACCUUAUCCCGUAUAACUUCGUUCCUAAUCAUAUCUCUCUGGGUAUGCUCACACAUCCAUCUGAGCACCCUCAUCUCCGCUACCUUCAUCUUCUGAAUGUGGGCAUUCUUGACUGGCCAGCACUCUGCUCCAUACAACAAUGCUGGUCUAACCACCACUCUGUAGAACUUACUUUUAAGCCUUGGCGACACCUUAUCGCACAGUACUGGGCAAGCCUCCAUUUCACCUAUCCCGCUUCAAUGUGAUGUGCGUCAUCAUCGUCAAUCUCCAUGUCUCUUGGAUUAUGGACCCAUGAGGCUUCUUUAAAGAACUAAAUAAUUGCAAAUUCCCUUUUUCCACUUCAAUUUACACAUCUAGUAACCAAAGGCAAUGGACAGUAUGGACAAAUUGAUAAAUAUAAAUAUAAAUAUAAAUACCAGUCCCAAUGCUUAGUCAUAGAGCAUGUGGUAAGUUAAACUUCAAAACAUUAUUUUCAUAAAUAAUGAAUGAAUGAAUAAAAAAAAUGUGGAGAUAAUAAAAAUUAGAGGAGUAUAUAUAUUUUGCAAUCCGUUAUAACCUCCUCCAAAGCCUAUUUUUCACCAUUUCUCUCCUGUCUUUUCCUCUUCGUGCUUCAUGGAAAAACGAAAGGAGAAAAAUGGUCCAACAUUUGUCCCUCAAUUUGGAGCAUGGGAUAACAAUGCUGCAGCUGGAGGCGGCGGUGGUUAUACCGUGGAGUUCUCCAAAGCUCGUGCAAAUAAGCAGCAUCAGCACAAAAAUGAGUUAGGCGCACGUCACGGGUUGGCAAAUAAUCAGGAAGGUCAGCAUCAGCAGCAUAAAAAUGAUUUAGACGCACAUCACGGGUUGAAAAAUGAUAAGAAAUAUCAACAUCAACAGAAUAAAAAUGGUUUAGACGCACGUCAUGGGUUGAAAAAUGAUAAGGAAUAUCAGCAGCAACAGAAUAAAAAUGGUCUAGACGCACGUCAGGGGUUGAAAAACGAUAAGGAAUUUCUCCACCAACAGCAAAAAAAUGGUUUAGGCACACGUCACGAGUUGGCAAAAGAUCAGGAAUUUCAGCGUCAGCAUCAACAACAUAAAAAUGGUUUAGGCGCACGUAACGGGUUGACAAAUGAUCGGGAAUUUCCUCGCAAGGAACAAGAGGACCCUGGCAAUAUGAAAAAUGGAUACAGGUCUGUACCUCAAUUUGGAGUGUGGGAUCAACAAGCUGGGGGUGCUACAAGUUAUACUGUAGAAUUUUCGAAGGCUCGUGUCAACAAGAAACAACACAAAAAUAAUGAUCUUCUAGCACGACCACCUAGCAUCGAUCAUGAUCAGGAAGCUCUUAGGAAGCAGCAUGAGGAUUCUUGCAUGAGGAAAAAGAAUAUGCUGACAUACCUUAAUUGUUGCAUUAGGCCUUGAUCUCCAAAUGUCCUAAGUGCAGCCUCCUUUUGUAAUAAUAGCCUUAAAGUGGCUACUUAAUUAAUCUCCUACUAUAGAGAGUUAUCUCAUGUUUUCUCAAAGCAUAUUAUAUAUGCAAAACAAAAAAAAAUCAUGAAAAAUCUUUAAAUUACAGAACUAAUUAAUAAUUGUACUAUUUGUGGAAUCUAUUACCAUUCUGCAUAAAAGGGUCUCAUUAUUCAAUUCAAACUAUAUGUAGUGUUAUGUAAACAAGUGAUUUCUUGACCACUGCUGUUCAGUUGAUUUUUUAAUCACUGCUAUGCAGUAAAAAAGUUGUGUUCUUUGCUAAUUAUGUACUCCCUCCGUUACAAUUUAUUUGUCUUAUUUUUCUUUUUAGUCCGUUUAAAAAAGAAUGUCUCUUUCCUUUUUUGGUAAUCUUUAUUUUCAACUUUCUACAUGGCAUGUUUAAGAGCACAAGAUUAAAGUAUAUUUAGUGUACAUUACACAUAUCUUUAGUUAACAACCACAAGAUUCAACAUUCUGCUUUACUAUCUUAAACUCCGGGCCAGGUAAAAACAGACAAACAAAUUGAAACGGAGGGUGUAAAAGAUAAACAAAUCAAAUAGUAAACCUUUGAAGCAAAUCGCCAUUAUUAAAAAUUACACCUCAGUUCCAAACAAUUUAGAGUCGGCUACAUUAUUCAUCAU